CCAAGAGCCGAUUUUUCCUGGGAUAUUCAUUUAACACCCUCUCUAAAUCUGAAUUUACUUCAUUCUUGAUCAAACUUUACUUCCAGACUUUCAGGGCAUUAAAAAAAUUAAUUAGUAUUAAAAGUGAGCUAAUUUUUUAAUUAUUUUGGAUCAUGUGAUCGAUUUUUAAAAUAUAUUUGCAGAUUUGAAAAAGAUAGAUUGAGAUGGGGGAUAAAAUUCCAUCACAGUACGUGAAGCUAACAAGGGAGCAAGAAGCUGUAGAAAUUACCCCUGGAGAGCUCAAUCAACCUGUUCGUGUUCCUCAGUUACAUGUCAAGUUAUGCCCGGAGUGUGGACAACAGCUACCUGUUGGGUUUGAGAUUCCUGCUGAUGAGCCAUGGAUGAGUGGAAUAUGUGGAUGCGCUCAAGAUCCCGAGAUUUGCAUGACUGGAUUAUUGUGCCCUUGCGUGUUGUUUGGUCGUAAUGUAGAAAGAUUUAAGGAAGAAAUACCUUGGACAAACGCAUGUGUAUGUCAUGCUGUUUGCAUCGAAGGAGGCAUCACUAUUGCAGCCUUGAUAUCCAUCUUCAAUGGUUACAUCGAUCCGAAUACCAUACGUCUUGUUGGCGAGGCCUUGCUCUUUGCUUGGUGGAUAUGUGGAAUAUAUAAUGGCUUAUUUCGAGAAGAUUUGCAAAAGAAGUAUCAUCUUCAGGAUUCGCCAUGUGAUCCGUGUGUGGUGCACUGCUGCAUGCACUGGUGUGCACUUUGCCAGGAACAUAGAGAAAUGAAGGGACGACUAUCAGAAAACACUACUAUGACGCCUAUGACUGUCGUCAACCCUCCACCAGUCCAGGAAAUGACUUCAGACCACACGCACGAUUCUUCAUCAUCUUCUGAAAAUGGAAGUCAACAUCACAGACACACUGAUCUACAGAUUCAACCACUAUAGAUGUUUCCUAUCAAAGUGGACACUGAAAGUUCAUUAAUUUUCAUUUUUAUUUACAUUUGCAUUUAGUUGCAGUUUGAUGGAAGUUAAAAGUACACAGUUUGCCUCAGUUAUGGUUGAAAUGUUAUACUCUUCGUAUA